CACACAUUUCACAUCAAAUAGGAGCAAUAGUUAAGAACGUCGCAACAUCUCAGAGGAUAAACCCGACCUCAACUCGUCAACCCGUCUCCCCUAUUGAACAGUAUAAACUGCACCAAAGUGAAUACACAAUGAAGUGGCUCGCCAACCUUCUUCCCGUCGGCCUCCUUGCCGCUUUAGCUUCGGCUGCCCCAAUUGUGGAGCGACAGCUUGACCUUUACCAACUCCAGAUCUCUUGCCCGGGCAACAAAAAUGUCGACGGUCGAUUCCUCGCGCUACAGAACAACACUUUGGGUGUCUUUGACGGAGACAACGUUGCUCCUGUCCAAGUGUACCCCGUAGACAGCGAGAAGGAAGGCUGCAAUGAGCUACACACAUACCCAGUGGGCAUCGUCGACCAUUCCAUCGCGCUCCUUGGCCCACCUGGGCUGUUGACUCUUGUUGAUAUGAUGAAUCCUCGCACGAUACAGCCAGGAGAUGGAACCAUCGCCCAAUGGGAUACAUUCCGCAUUGCUGAUGGGAAGCUUGCUAAUGACGCCGAUGGUCAAUGGCUUGCCUUCCCAGACGGUCGCGGCAGCUGGAAGGUGAAAUGGUCCGAUGGCUCGGCUGUGAUCACCGCCGACUUCAUGAUUGUUGAUGUUCUAUACAAGAGUGUCGGCGAGGGCCGAUACAAUGGAAUCUAAGCUUAUUGCAUUCGGCGUUUAGGAGAUGGGGGAUAAAAUAAGUAUGAUACCUAAGUAAUUAACAAUGGUGGAAGGCCGCGGGAGAUAUCGUUUGUUAAUACCGCACUCUCUUAUUGCUACAUAGCCUGCUUGAACU